UCACUUUUCACUUCAAUAUCAGCUUCCGGCCUCCUGAACUGUCAAUCAGAUCAGUAAGUAUUCAGCGGCGUCACUCCACUGCGCAGGCGCCGUCCGGCUGCUCGUCGUCAUGGAGACGGUUUGUUGUUACAGACCCGCGAUGAGCCUGAAAACGCCUGAAUACACCCGAUCAGAGAGAGUGGGAGCACGUGCAGCUAAAGCUACUUCAGCAGGUUUAUAUCGAAGUGUACCUGACUGACAUCAUCAGGUGAUGGCGAGGCCGGAGCGUGAUGUCAUCGAUUUCUCAGCGCUGGAGAGAGAGCUGAAGGGGGCGAUCGAGUGUGAGCAGAGACACAAGAGAGAGAACGAAGCGAAGCUGAGAGCCGUCACCCAGAGAGUGUCCUCCUACAGCGAGUUCAGAGACCUCGUCCUGUCGUCUCACCUGAAGCCUCUGGAGAAGAAAGACAAAGACGGAGCUCCACGGAGACAACCCUGGAACCCCGUAGCCCCGAGCAACAAGUGACGUCUCGUCGCCCCGGAAACAAGUUUGAAUGGUUUUAUUGUGAUCUCCAGCAGGUGAACUUUAUCUGAGGCUGUUUUCAGCUGCAGCUUCUCUCAGUUCACCCGAAAGCUUUUAAAAUGUUUGUUUCAUCUCAGGGGGGCAGAAUUUUAUCAACCAAGCAGGUAACUUGUUAGUUUGGAGAUACAUGGUUUUCACUGAACUG